UUGCCAUCGCAACGCUACAGGGGAGAGUGGGGUGAGAUGAGCCAUUUUUCACAUUUUGGAUCACUACAUCAAGGCAAUCAUAGUUUUGUCUCUAACUAGUGUAUCUGCUUAUAUUUCAAGAUGUUGUGCAUCCCUUCAAACCAACAGAAUGAGUGUAAACAUAACUGUCUUGAUAAUAUAGCAUGCUAAAAAAAAAAGUGGUUUCCCAUGGUCAAUUUACCCCGUGUAUGGGGUAAGUUGACCAUAGGAGCAGGGUAAGUUAAGCCCUACUAUCCCCCCACUCUCCAUCCCAGCCCUCCCUCACCUCCUCUCUUUCACUAAAUAACAGUCACUUCUUCACAUUCAUGUGCAUUUUUAUCUUUCAUAUUUAUCUAUUCAAUUGGUACAAUAAUUCUUUUUAUUAUUGUUGCAUCUAACUGCUAAAAAGCUGUUUUGUAAAAAGCCAUUUUAACAUGAGAAUAUCUUACAGUGAUUCACAACAUUCACAGCUGUAUUUUUGAAAAGGAAAAAGUAACAGAUUUCAACUUUUAUGCUAGGUUUUUGACCUCAUGUUGUCACUCAUAGAUACCACAACUGAUGUAUAAAACCAAUUUAAAAUGAUCUUUUUCGGUCUGAACACAACUCUAAUAAAACUUAUGACAGACUUUUACUCUUAAAAAUCACUUUUAAGAGUGAAAAAAGCUUUUUUUUUUUUUUUUUUUGUAAAUAAAUGUCUAACCCCUUCACCCAUGUGCUUCUAACCCUCACAGACUCCAUGAAUUGAUGCCCAUCUCCUAAAUAUUUGGUCACAUGAUCAAUUAUUUUUUACCAUUUCCAAGCAACAGGGGGUGGCUCAACUUACUCUUUGGCUCAACUUACUCCACUCUCCUCUAUAGCCCAGUGACACCAGCUUCAUAGAAAAUUGAAGGUGAAAACUAACCUCCAGAUAUGCAGCCUGAACACCUUAGUUUGCUUUGUGAAUUAAUAGUAAAUUUUUUAAAACAUGGCAUAUUGGAGUUGGAUUACUAAAUUAUCUUUGCAUACUUUACAAACCAUCCAGAGUGCCCAGCAGGUCAUCAGGAACAGGUGUCCUUUCAUCUCUGGAGUCAGAACCAAAAAUGUGAAUCAGCUUUUGGUUUUUACUAGAUGUGUCAGGUCCCCUGACACUUUACAUUCAUUUGAAUAGAGGCUGAAGAGGCACCUACUUUUUGUUUUAUCCUUUUGACAAUUAGCUUCAGUACAAAUAACACACUGCACUGUUAUUUUUAUGCUCAACUGUCUAAUUGCAUUUCAAAUCUCUGCUUUCACCAUUUUAUCUUCUCUUUAAUUUUUAAUGGCUUGUUUUAUUGAGUUUUUAAUGUCCUAUGUGAAAUACUUUCUGCCCUUCAUCAUGUUUGGUCUUGUGUGAAGCAAUUUGAAUUCCCUUGUGGCCGAGAUGUGCAGUAAAUGAGCUUGCCUUACCUAAAGAGUCACUAAAAAAUGAGCAAUUACAGUUAUUAUUAAAGGAAGGCAAACUUAAAUAAAAGUAAAAAGGUUUUUUAAUGACUACAAAUACAAGCAAGCCAAUACUCUUUCAAUAAAGCCAAACAUGGACUCAAAUAAAUGCAGUAUCCUUGAAAUAUAUAUAAACCUUUUACCUGAGAUCUACAAAAUAAUCUUAGAAGAGGGUGCAUCUUAUUAAUUAUUUAUUUUAUUGAGUAGUAUGGUGUAAAAUUCAAGCCCAUCACAAAAACCUCUAAAUUAGGCAAAUACAAACCCUUUAAAAGAUGUGUUCAGAUGUUAUAUAUAAGAUACUUUCACAGGGCUUUAAUAGAGGUUUCAUGAGGCCUUUCUAUGGUCAUAAGUUGGAUUGUGAGUGGGUGUUAUAUUUGAGACUCCCUCCACCAACCCAUAUAUUUUUCAACAUACCAACACAACUCUUUUAGUGUUGAGUUUUAUCAGCAAGGAGUCUUUGACAAACCUCUGUGAUUUUAGAUAAUACACCAAAUGCAGCAAAGAGUCGGGAUGAUGAAAUUUAAUUUGGACUCUGCCUGUGAAAACACAUUGUGAGGUAAUUUAGUCCACAGAUUCCACCCCAACCCCGUGCACACGAAUAAGCACUCUCUUAGUCCACUGUAGUCUUAAAAACUCUUUCCUCUAUGAAGUCUGUUGUGACGCCAAAUGUUUUCCUUCCUAAGACGCUUCCAGUACUCCCAGGUGUCUGGAUCCAGCUCAUGCAGCUUUGAGGGUUUUCCCAGCUUCAACUGGAAUAACCUGAGAAAAUAAUCAAAGAAGAGAGCAAUCAGGUGAGUGAAAACACAUUAAAGCACAUGGUGAAAGUUUGAAAAAAAUAGCAAAGAUACUCUUUCGACACAUUGAAUGCCUCUUAAAAUUAUUAUUUAUUAUUAAAUUAUUUAUUAAAACAUGUAAAUAAAAAUUAUACAAAUAAACACUUGACAUAAAAAACCUCAGUAACACAAGUGGACCUGACUGAAAAUACCACAUUAAAAUUAUGUACGAGUCAUUCAUGCUUUUAUUUCCACAUGGUUGGACUACUGUAACGCUCUUUACGUCAGUGUUUAUUAGGCUUCCCUCACACGCUUUCAUCUUUUAAAACGCGUCUUAAAACUCAUUUUUAUUCCUUGGCUUUAGCUCAGCAUGAGAGUUGUGUGAUUUCUGUCUUUUUAUGUCUUUUAUGGUCCGUUAUUCACUUUUAUUUCUUUUAUGCUUUUGUGUUUUUAUUUCAUUCAUUUUAUUUUUUACCCAUUUUUAUUUCAUCUUGAUGUUUUCUGCAGUGUUUGUUCUUUUAAUUUUACUGUGCAGCACUUUGGUAAACUUGAAUGUUUUUCAAAAUGUGCUAUAUAAAUAAAGUGGAUUGGAUUGGAUUGGUAUGAGGAAACAAACCAAACUGUGGACUCAGACUUAACCAGAUGUUUUGUAUAUCUGCAACACCUGCACAGCAUGACCUGAAGGGCGAGAUGAUUUGUGAGCCACCAUGGUAUACACAGCAAAUUUUAUUUUAAAAAAAUGGCUGUCACAGGACUGCUCAUGCCAAUUUGACCAACCUUUGUUGUUACCCCCCACCCUCUUGCCCUUCCAGGAGCUACGCUGUUACAUUCACAUUACGUUACCUGCGCUACUCGCUAUACAGACCGUGUAUAAGCUUAUACGUUACUCUUCACAUUAGUAGAAGAGGGUUCCGACAGGAUUUGAUGCGCUCGUUGAUGACUCAGAACAAGUCAAAAAUAACGUGUGUUGUUGUGCUCACACAGUGCGAGUAGAAAUCUCUAGAGCUGCAUUGAUUAUAAUGCUACUAAUGCUGUUAAUGCUACUCGCUGUAUAGAUCGUGUAUAAGCUUAAACGUUACCUUUCACAAUGAUGGAAGAGGGUCUGACAGGAUUUGAUGCGCUCCUUGAUGACUCAUAACAAGUCAGGAAUAAUGUUGUGUGUUGUUGUACUCACACAGUGCAAGUAGAAUCCUUAGUGGCGCAUUGAUAUUAAUGAUCAUGUGAGAUUUCAGUACCGGCGCACGUAAUUUAGCAGCGGCGGUGCACCGCUGCUGAAUGAAUGUAGGGGAAACACUGCUGAUACAUAUGAGUCCGAGGUAGAACUAUGUGAGAUAAAAACUAAUGCUUUUAGGUGCGGCAGCUUUUAUUUAGUUGUGGCGGUGCGCCACGAUCAUUUGCAUGUAGGGGGAAACCCUGCAUUAGCACAAACCAGUCUGACAGUAACUACAUGUCAACAUCACAACCGGGGGGAGAAAAAUUUAUAUUCUGUGUAAUAAAUUUCUAAAGUUUGUCCACAGCUCCAUAGGGAUUGCUGGAGGAGGCGGGAUUUAUGACCUAUACUACAGCCCGUCACCAGAGGGUGCUGUUCUCGGAGUGGCUUCACCCAGCGAGGAGGCAGACAGCGUCCAUUCUAUAUACAGUCUAUGGGCUGAACCCUUUGUGAAGUAAAACAAGUGUAGAUGCAGUAUUAUACAGCCCUGGCAGUGCAGUCAUUUACAAAAAAAGUGAACAUGCAGUAACUCGGAUUCUGGACACAUGGAUGCAUUAUAUUUUUCAUUUUAAUCUUCUUUCUUUCCACUAAAACAUGUAAAAAAAAAAAGUUGGUUUUAAGAAGGAAUAAAAAUCCACACUCUUACCACUCUGGGUAUUCUUCAGGAGGCUUCAGCUUUGGGUCUUCUCCUUCUUUGUAGAUGUUGACGCCUACUGCAUAUGAAGUCAGUCGGACAGGGUCUUUACAAACCUCUGGACCUUUCUUCUCUUCUAUUACCAUGCCUUUAUUUCUUCCUUUGACCACUGCAAGGACCAGGAUUAGGGUUAGGUACAACACAAAAAACACACCCUUAAUAUUGAUCUGGUGCUACAUGUCCUGCUCUUUACUCACCGACUUUCUUUGCAUAUCCGCAGAUCUGUGUUCUGCUGUGUGAUGUUUGAGCCGUGCCCAGCAACGUCGAAGUGUUGAUACAUUUAGUUAACGUGAAUAUCCUCAAUAGACCGCUACCAGACAUUUUUUUACGGUAAGUUACACAAAAACGCAGCCCAGCAUGCUACAGUUUGACAUUCAUAUUCCCUUCAGUUUCCGUUUACGACGGAAGAGCUUUGGUGCUAUAAAAAUAAUGGACUGCCCCCUGUGGACGGGAAGACACACUGCAAGACCUGUCUCAAGAUUGAGAAAUGUACUAACAGCGCAAAAAGACAGUGAGGGAAUAAACCAGAACUAUGUGGACAGUUGGAUAUUUCAGUUUAUUUACUACAUUAACAGUAACAACAGGCGUAUAUAAAAUAAAUGAUAUAAAACAUAAGGAAAAAGGCCAGGGGACACUUUCGCAAAACAGGUAGGCUAUAAUAGGAAAAAUUUACACCAUAAAACAGUAUUAAUAGCUUUUUUAUUCUCAGUUGAAAUAAUUGCUCUAAUUUUUUUGCCCAGUUUUUUUUCUGCAAGGGAGCAAUGUGGGUUUUAGUUUGGUAAAUUUAGAUAUAUGUAUGUAAAACUUUGCUAGAAAUAAACCCAGAUUUACAAUAAACUAUUCAAUUUCUUAUGACAUUCCUAUUUUUCCUAUUUUAAUAUUUGUAUUUUCAAAAGCAAGUAUAAUAGCUGCAAUUCCCCCUGGGAUAAAUGCAGUAUUCUGAUUAUUUUUCUAUUCACCAUCAUGUAACAUAGAGAAGUGUAAAUGUCCACUUAAAAAGUAUAGUUCAUGUUGAAAUAAAUAAAUCUACAAAUAUUUUUGAGUGUUCACAUGUCAAGAUCAGGUCAAUCCUCUCAGCUGCUACUCCUGGAGGGACUCACGUCUGAGGUCAUUCCGAGUAAAUCCGACAGGUGGCAGCACAGACAAACCCGCUGGGUUGUGUACAAUAACAACGAUAACGAAGAAGAAGAAGAAGAAGACGAAGACGCUUCUCCAAAAUGUCUGAAUACGCCACGGCGCAGAAGAGUGCCCUUAAAUUAAAAGGCUUAGGGACCGUCUCAGCUGGAAAAAAGUAAGUUAAAACUAUGUGACAUUUUUAAAGAGUUGAAACGUCGAAAUUGACGAAAUUAUAGCGUAAGAACGGUGUCGAAGAAAUAGCUGGGGUGGCGAAGCUAUUGUUAGCCUGUUUGCUAAUUGUAAACAAAGUGAUUUUUUAGUAAAAUUAAAACAACAAUCCUUUAAACGCGUCAUAAAGUGUGUACUAAAGUGUGUGUGGCCUUAAACCCAUUUAAAAGAACGUGGGGCCUUGCUGCCGCAUAUCGUUACAUAGAAGAUACAAAAAUGUGAACUACUGAAAAAAAAAAGCAUUGGAAAACAACUUCUCAUCAGAUAUCAAAGAUAGUCACAUGACAUAUUUUUCACUACUGUAACUUUUCGGCGACGAUGAAUACCAGUGCUUCACUGUCUAAUUUGAUCAUGUGUUUACUCACCCACUUCAUUUUCCUGUUGAUGAGGGUGGUCACUGAUCAGCCAUUACAUGUCUGGUGUUUUUCAGGAAGAAGAAGAAGGAUAAAGAGAGCAAACAUCGCCUGGAGCAGGUUGCGACCAACCAAAAUGACGAGGAGGUGAAAACCAAAAAGGUGUACCUUGACAAAAGGACACCGGCUCAAGUCGCUUUUGACAAGAUGCAAGAGAAAAGGGUGAGUUUAGACUUCUGCAGUGAUUGGUAAGCGAUUUGAAGCAGAAAAUGGUUCAUGAGGGUUAUAGCAUGUUGUUUUCUCACUUUAUUUCAUAGAAAGCUUACACUGCUGCUACCUUUGAGGCUUACACUAGUGCAAAACUUUGUCAAAUUAACAAACAGUAACAAAAUAGAAACAGGGAGCUGAGGAAAAUACCAUUGUAUGUUUGUGCAUUGGUGUCACUGGGCCCCCUAGCCCCAAAACAUCAUGGAUAAUCAAUGCGACAGUCAUUUUGAUUUGCUCCUCUAAGCCUUUAAGCCAGUGGUUCUCAAGUCCAGUCCUCGAGGCCCACUGUCCUGCAUGUUUUGGAUGUUUCCCUGCUCCAACACACCUGAUUCAAAUGAUUAGCUCGUUAUUAAGCCAUUACAGAGUUUGAUAACGAGCUGAUCAUUUGAAUCAGGUGUGUUGGAGCAGGGAAACAUCCAAAACAUGCAGGACAGUGGGCCUCGAGGACUGGACUUGAGAACCACUAAGCAAUCAAACUAGCAACAAAAUAAUUUGAAGACAAUAUGAAGACUGUGUCUAGUCUCUUGAUAAUUAUGUCUGCAGCCUGACUGUAGGCUCUGUUUCUGCAAGAACUGCUUAAAAGCCGGGGCAUCACGUUUGGCAAACACUACUACAACCUGAUAGUUUUCCAGUAUUUACAAUUUCUGAUCCUCUGGCUCCUUCCUGAGUCCACAUGGCUGAGCUGAAGGGAUCAAAGGUUGAGCCCAUGAGGCAAUUAUAAGAUAAGUGGAUGGUGUAUUGAACUGACACAGUGCAUCGGUUAAGACUGUAGGAGAGAAAGUUUAGCAUUUCUGCAGAAGGUCACCAUUUGUAAUAUUUGAAGGACGUAUUUUUCAAUUGGGUGUUGUAGAUAACAUUUGCAUUAUAUAGAACCUGCCUGUUCCAGGUAGUUAGAAAAAAGGCUUAUUGUAUUUAAUGUUGGACUAAAACUAAUCUGAAAAAGACUCCAUUACCUCAGAGUAAAUGGUGUUCCCUGGUCUCAGUUCAGGGGUUAAAAUCUCAUGACGAUGAUUACUGGCCCUUUUCACCUCAAAAGUACAAAGUUCAUGUAAGCAUACACAUGGUGACGCACCAUAAAAGGAACAGGGUGUCUUUCUUUGAAAUGACAGAUAAAUUGUGCUAAUGUUUACUUCAUGCACACAUAUGAAUAUUGAAUUAAGCAUCUCUAAUUCUAAGCAAGAGCAAUUCAGUAGAAUUAAGGCAUUAUUAUCACCAAUUGUUUAAUUUAAAAAUGUUCUUUUUUUAUUCAUUCUGCAGCUUCUUUUGUGUUUUAACUCUUUUUCUCUCUUCUCUUAAAGCAAAUGGAAAGGAUUUUGAACAAAGCAUCAAAGACACACAAACACAGAGUUGAGGUAAGUCAGUCACAUUUAACAUUCAGUCCACAUCAUCGCAAUUAUUGGAGAAACUUGGGUCUUGUUUUCAACAAAUGCUUAUGAUUAUAAGAGAACAAGCAUUGAUAAUUUGCAUGUGAAACUGAUUGAAAGUUAUCAACAGAGAUGGUUAUAAGUCACCAAUAAUGUUUCUUUCAAUUCUUUUUCAGGAUUUCAAUCGGCAUCUGGACAACCUGACAGAACAUUACGAUAUUCCCAAAGUCAGCUGGACUAAAUAAGAGAAAAACUUGUCAUGUUUUUUUUUUUUUUUUUUGUAACUAUUCCCUGUGUUUAUACAUUGACUUUUAAAAUGAGUGCUGUUGACUUUUAGUUUUUGAUGUAAAAUUUCCUGCAGAUAAUAAAGGAUUA